AUGGCUAAAGGAUACUCUCUAAUUUCAAUUCAAGACUCAGAUGACACCUACCAGGACGAUUCUCAAAUAAUAAAUAACCAAUAUCAUGGUAAUGAAUUCUCAAAGAUAGAUUUUAAGAAAGUGAUCCCUGAAACUAAAAAUUUCGAUCAUUUCAUUACGAUUGACAAAAUUGCUGAAAAGAACAGUCCAAUUCUAACAGGCUCAGUAAGACUUAAUAGGAAGUCCUCUUAUUUAACAAGAAGUGAUUUCAAUAAUUUUGAAUCUAAUCAUAUAUAUAAUCAAAAUAAUGACUAUUAUGAAAGAGAUCAAUUAAGUUCAAAAUUCGAGAAAUACAAAAUAAUCAUAUGGAAUAAAUGUAAAACUUUUAUUACAUUAACCACAGUGGCUGUUGUGAUAGGUUGUUUUGCAGGGUUUAUACAAAUUUUCACUGAAACUUUAGUAAACUGGAAAACAGGCCAUUGUUCAAGAAACUUUCUUUUAAAUAAAUCCUUUUGUUGUAGUAAUAUUCAAACAUUAAAAGAAGCUGUUACGAAUCGAUCAUUCUUUAAUAGUCUUACAAAAAGACAGGAAAUUGAAUGUACAAAUCAAGGAGAAUGGAUUGAGUGGUCAGGUGCCAUUUCUCCAUUUUUGAUAUUUGUCAUUUUAUCUGUAACAUUUGCCACUAUUAGUACAUUAUUAGUUAAAUAUGUGGCUCCUAUGGCAACUGGUUCAGGAAUAUCGGAAAUUAAGGUUUGGGUCUCAGGAUUUGAAUAUAAAAAUGAGUUCUUAAGUAUGACCACACUGUUUGUGAAAAGUGUAGCGUUACCUUUAGCAAUUUCAGCAGGCUUAAGUUUGGGUAAAGAAGGUCCCUCUGUUCACUAUGCAACAUGUUGUGCAUUUAUUGUGACAAGAUGGCUACUGAAAGAUACAUUAACAUAUUCAUCUCAAUUUGAAUAUUUAAUAGCUGGUGGCGGGGCUGGUGUUGCUGUUGCUUUUGGUGCUCCUAUCGGUGGUGUUUUAUUUGGGUUGGAAGAAUUAUCAUCUGCUAGUGAUUUUAACGCCCAAACAUUAUGGAAAUCUUAUUAUGUAGCGUUAAUUGCAGUCACUACAUUAAAAUGCAUUAAUCCAUUUAGAAAUGGCAAGAUUAUCUUAUUCAACGUUACAUACGAUAAGAAUUGGAGAGCAGGCGAAAUCCCUAUCUUUAUUUUACUCGGUAUAUUUGGCGGUCUCUACGGAAAAUAUGUAAGUAAAUUGAACAUUGCAUACGUGAAUUUCCGUAAAAGAUAUUUGUCUAAAUGGACUACUCAAGAAAUUGUGAUCCUAGCAUUAAUUACAGCUUUGUUAUCGUAUUUCAAUGAAUUUUUAAAAUUGGAUAUGACCGAAAGCAUGGGUGUACUUUUCCAUGAAUGUGUCUCUGGAGAUGCAAAACAGGAUAAUGGUAAUAAUUCCGUAUUUAGUCAUAAACUGUGUUAUUUGGAUGAACAUACUGAAAUGUUUGGAUUCUUAAAAAUGUUUUUUUCUUUAAUAUAUGCUACUUUUGUUAGGGCCGCAUUAGUAAUUAUUUCAUAUGGUGCAAAAGUACCCGCAGGCAUCUUUGUACCAUCUAUGGCAGUUGGUGCUACUUUUGGAAGAGCUAUAAGUCUAUUAGUGGAAAGAUAUAUCACUGGAGCAGGUAUAAUCACCUCUGGUGCAUAUGCAUUCCUUGGCGCGGCUGCCACAUUAUGUGGUAUCACAAACUUAACAUUAACUGUUGUGGUAAUCAUGCUAGAAUUGACUGGAGCUUUUAUAUAUAUUAUUCCAACUAUGAUAGUUGUUGCAAUUUCAAGGAUAAUAUUAUCAAUGUCUGGAACAGUGGGAAUUGCCGAUCAAAUGAUUAUAGUUAAUGGAUUUCCGUUGUUAGAGAUGGAAGAUGAAGAGCUCAAAAAGGGUGAGGCACUUUUAUCCUCAUACAAAGCUGGAGAUGUUAUGUCCAAAGAUCUUAUUGUAUUAAGUGAGACCAUGUAUAUCUCAGAAAUCGAAAAAAUAAUAUACGAAUCAAAUGAUAAGAUAGUAAAUGGGUUCCCAAUUGUGAUCAACAGUGAUACAACUGAUCCAGAUAUGGAAUGUGUUGGCUACGUUUUAAGAAGACAUUUAGUGCAAAAAUUAAUGAUGCAGGAUAUAAAUAGUAGUAAUGCAUCAAGGACAUUAGUUCAUUUUAAUAUUGAAAGAUUUAAUUCAAGAAAAAACAAUACUAAUAAUCAUAUGAAUGUUAACAUAAAUGAAAUAAGUUUUUGUGACAUUGUUAAUUCCUCACCUUUAACUGCUAAACUCGAUACAUCUACAUUGGUACUGUUUCAUAUGUUUAAAGACAAUGGAUGUAAGAGUAUUAUUAUUGAGGAUCAUGGGUUGUUAAAAGGUAUAAUAACUUCUAAAGAUAUCAUCAGGUUUCAAAGAACAUUGUUCAAAGAAAGAUUUGGUGCAAAAUAUCACUAUAAUGAAGAGUUGAAUGAAAGAAUCUGGUCUAUUUUACAAUUCAUUAUUAAAAGGUUUUCUUAA